CGGCUGAAUUUGGGAUGUGGCCCCAGCAGCCGCUGCUGCUGACUGGCCAGAGUGGCUUCCCCUGUGGGCUACAGCUAUAUAAAGUCCUGCUGAGCCUGGCUUCCCUGCCAGCGUGUGACCAUGAAGACUAUCCUUGCCCUCCUGGUCAUUGGCUUGGCCCUGCAGUCAGCAGGUGCUGCUCUGCAGUGCUACUCCUGCACUGCCCAGGUGAACAACCGCGACUGCCAGAAGGUACAGAACUGCAGCCACACGGACACCUACUGCUGGACUUCACGUGUCGGUGCCAUCGGGGUCCUGGAGUUCAUCAGCAAGGGUUGCACCUCUGAUUGUGUGGAUGACUCAGACAACUACUACUUUGGCAAGAAAAACAUCACCUGCUGCUCUACUGACCUGUGCAAUGCCAGCAGAGCCUACGCCCUGAAGCCAACCACCACUCUAGGGCUGCUAACGGCACUCAUUGUUCCGCUACUGUGGGGCCCUGGGCAGUUGUAGGCUCCAGGGAUAGUGGUCCCUUAGCUCUGGCCUUCCUGGGCCCCACACAGUGCUGCCCUGACUUGCCCCUUCUGUGUCUUCCUCUCCAGGACUCCUGCCCAGUGCCCACCCACUCUAGUGACAGGAACAGUCUAAAGCUGCCCGAUAACCCAAUGGGCGCUUCAUCUCAGAUCAGGCAUUCCAUCUCCAGGGUACCUUUCCCUUGACCACCUCCAGGAGCUGAGCCAGGUCUGUGUGGGCCGGCACUUGGAGGCCUAGCAAUGGUUGAGAAGAGAAGGUUUGGUAUGAAGCCCUGGAAGUCCCCCAUGUUCAAGGGACCUGAGGAACAGCAGCCCCAACACAGUGGCCCUUAAUAAACAUCUCUUUGGUAA